AGCGCUGCAUUUUAGCCUCGCUCUUCCCGAGCUGACGUUGGCCACUGCACUGGUUCCCGGCACUCCGGCCGACGGGACCUGCCACGCUCCCAAGCUGACACGGCAGAAACAGCCGUUUGAGAUGAGAUGAGAUGGGAUGGGAUGGGAUGGGAUGGGAUGGAAUGGAAACUCCUUACGUACGCAGUAACUUACCCCGUACCACGGCUUCUCUAUCGGCGCGGCUGACGGCUUUCCACCCCCGUCUCUCGGUCUCGCGCUGCCAUCACGGUCCAAUGAGACCCUCAUCCACCACCACUCAUACCUACGACUACUACUCCGUACCGGUACGUACAAAGUGCCAGGGGUUUGCAACCUGCAACCUGCAGCCUGCAGCCUGCAGCAGUCGACCGCUACCGUACACAAACACAUCCAUACAUCAUCGUACCGUAGUCAUCCCCAAAGAUAUAAAUAACCCGCCCAACUCAAAAAGUCAACACACACCCGUUCUCCCAAUCCGGUGCCAAUCCGGUGCCUCUCCGGAUUCACUGUCCGCGGAUCUAGGCCCGUCUCCCCCUGGCACCCUCGCAACCUCCCCCGCAGCGUCGCUAUCUAGGCCCGCGGCCUACAUACGGGAGAGGUUCGCCAUGCCGAUACGAUACGGUGCAUCGAAAACCGCUUCGGCCGGACCGUUGGGCAGUUCGGAGCCGAGCACCACCCCUGGCCAUGACGACACGAUAUCCAGGAGAGUUUGUCAUCUCCGACUAAUACAUGGGCUUGGUAAAUUGCCAUGCGUUCGCUAUGGGGAAAUCGGGCCUAGAACCCAGCUGGAGCGACCUCGACUCGCCUCAUGGGCAGAUUACACAUGAUGCCAUGACCCAUUACGCAGCAGGCACAGUAGCAACCACGCCCGCAGCACAAUCAAAUCAAGUAAUUAGGGCACCAAGCGGGAAAUAUCUCUAGCCAUGCGCAUCAAGGCGCCAAGGGUUU